AUGGCGUCUGCUGAUUUGAGAGAGGAGCUAACCUGCCCCGUCUGCUUCAGCAUUUAUACAGAGCCUGUAACUCUCAUCUGUGGCCAUACCUACUGCCUGAGAUGUAUUGACAGAACAUGGGAAUACCAGGAUGAGGGAGAGUUUUCCUGUCCUGAAUGUAAACACAGGUUUAGGAAGAGACCUCAGCUCAAAAGCAACAUCAAGCUGCGUAAUAUAGCAGAGACUUUCCAACCUAGUAACAGAAAAUGCUCCAUACACAAGGAGCUGCUGAAAUAUUACUGCACUGAGGAUGCUGCCUGUAUCUGUGUGACCUGCUCCCUGGCCGGAGAGCACAGGGGACACCAGGUGGAGCUGCUGAAUGAGGCUUCUGAGAAGAAGAAAGAGAAACUGAGAGAUGUUCUGCAGAAACUGACCACAAAGAGAGAGAAGACUGAGAAAAGUGUCCAGAGUCUGCAGGAGCACAGGAGAGGGGUGCAAGAGAAAGCAGCUGGUGUAACAGAGCGACUCACUGCCCUGAUUAUGGUCAUCAGGAAACAGCUGGAAGACCUAGAGAAGCAAGUCCUGAGUGAGAUCAUCCAGGAGCAGGAGCAAAUUUUACACCCAAUCUCUUAUCUGAUCCAGCAGCUGGAAAAAGAGAAGGACGAGCUGACCAGGAAGAUGAGUCACAUUGAGGAGCUGUGCAACAUGACUGACCCAUUAACUGUCCUACAGGAAUCACAAAGAGAUGACUUUUGUGGUGCUGAGAAGGGAGAUAAUGAGGUCACACGGAGAGGUGAUAAACAGGUUCCUGCUGGGGGGGAUUUGGAUGAGGAUCUGAUCUCAGUGACCUUAUACAGAGGUUUAGCUGAUAUUGUGACUGAUGUAAAGAGAGGGAUCUAUAUGCAGGUGACAUCAGACAUAUUACUGGAUAUAAACACAGCUCAUAAUAAUGUUAUUGUAUCAGGUGACCUUAAAACUGUAUCCUGGUCAGGUAUAAACCAGCAGCGACCAGAAACACCAGAGAGAUUUAUAUAUCAGCCUCAGGUAUUAAGCACCAGGAUCUUUUCCUCAGGACGACAUUACUGGAAAGUGCAGACCAGUGAGUCAGGGGUCUCGUCUGUAGGGGUCUGUUAUCCCAGUAUGCAGAGGGGAGGAGGUGGUCAGUCUGUGAUAGGAUAUAAUAACAAGUCCUGGGGUUUGUAUAUUAGUGAUAAUAAAUUUAUUUCAUUGAUACAUAACACAAUAUGCACCUCAUUACAUUGCUAUCUAUCAUGUCACACAGUAGGAAUACUGCUGGACUAUGAGGCUGGACAUCUGACCUUUUAUGAGCUGUGUAACCCGAUCAGACACUUACACACAGUCACUGCCACCUUCACUGAGCCUCUUCAUGCUGCAUUCUGGGUAUGG